CCCAACUAAGUGCACCGUCUCUUCUUUCACUUGUUUUCCUUCUCGGGAUCACUUCUCAUCCGCACUCGGCUAUCGAACACGGGUGGGCAUGGCCUUGGCGGCGCACCACCUUAUCCGAUGCCCUCCCCUGGCGACGGUGGCGCCGGCACUGAGGACGGAGCGGCUUCCCCGUCUUUGCUCGAUCCGCGGCGCCUCCGAAAAAUCUCAGGUUCCUCCGAUCCCUCUGCGUUGCUCUCAUCUUUAUUGGACCUGCAGAAAGAUCCUUUCUUUGUGUUCUGGUAUCAGGAUUCCGGGGAAGGUGGGAACCGAAGGCGGAUUUGGCGGCGCCGAAGACUGACAAAGAACGAUGACAAGUUGCGCUACAAGAUGGAUCGGAUCCCUUUCCUGGAAGAACAGGUGAGAAAGAUAAGAGAAAAUGGGAAGGUAAUGUCCAUGGACAUUGAGAAGCUGAUGCUUUCGGAGGAGAACAGGUUUGAUUUUGUUAACGAGGUGGCCGCAGAGGCAACUUCCUACAUCGAGGCAAAUCGGGACGAGUAUGGAUCCAAGAAGGCCAUACUACAUGUGCUCAGCAACCGUAUGAAUGAAGCCGGAUUUGAACGCCCAGAGGCGUACUUGGAAGAGGACCCCUUCAGGCCCGGACCCUCCUAUUUGAAAGAACUUGACACUUAGCUUGUUUUUGCUGCUUAUUAUCAUUAAUCUGGUAGUAGCAUGCCUUGUCUACAUUCUUAUGUUUGCCGAACAUUUUGUUUCUCAACUGUUUAGUAUUUAUGUUAGAAGAAAAAAAAGGAAGAUUCUACCUUCA